CACCGGCUCCAUAGACGAGUCUUUUUCCACUAUGGCCUUAUUGUGAGCGAGUUUAACGUCAGUUGUGUACAUACGUAACCGGCAAUCCGUCGCCAUCUACUCGUUGAACAUGGAUCCCCGGUCCAGAGGCUUUUUCCCGAGCCAUCGGGUUCAUCAGUAGUACUCUUGAAUCGCUAUAUUAGUUGGUUUUGUGCACUGUCACUUUUGCACGCUCCUGAGGCAAGUUGACUUUUUUUUUUUUUUUUUGGUAGCAUUCACUCCCAUCUGCCGAAGGAGGGUUUUUCAGAGGUUGACUUCCCCUGUUCUAAGCCAUUAUUCAUUCCUGGACAGCUGGCAAAACAUCGCCGCCCUCAUGCAGAACUACAGAAGAACGUGAAAUGAACAAACCACCACAGCCUAUAACGGGACCUACUUCUGUCCCAAAUCCUGCCCUCCCUGGACUGACACAGGCUGCCUACGGUCCAGGACAGCCUCCUUCUUUGGUGUUUGCCACCCCUUCUCCUCCACAAAUGAAUUCUGCACCACAGCCCAGACAGUUUUCUGCGGGGCCCCGUACUAUACACCAACAGGGUGGAUACAGAGCAAUGCAGGGGUACUAUCAAAACAGACCAACAAUGGCCACGGGUGCCCCACGGGUCCAGACGAGUAGUGGCCCACGACCCGUUGGACCCACCCAUGUCUACCCGCCCAGUUCACAGAUGAUGAUGAUUUCCCAGCAGCAGCUUUCUUUUGCUGGGUCCCCUCAAGGCUACUUCAUCCCUUCUGGACAGUACCGGCCUCCGUAUAUGGCACCUACUCAGCAGUAUCCUGUAACCAGUGGUACAGCAGGUUUCUAUCCAGGCACAAGCCCUGCAGAAUAUUCUGCAUAUGAGCCCUCCCUUGCUGCGAGGGAGAGGCGGGGUGGUGGAGGGAGAGGGGGUGGGCGAGAGAACGGCCGUCUCUCUCUCCACGGUACUCCUCUCGCCUCCCAGCGCUACCCCGCAGGAGCGUACUACCCUGCACAGUCACAGUACACUGCAUCUGUCCAGCCAGCACCCGUUCUAAUCAGCCCCGCCCAGCAACAGCAGCAAGCUCUGCCUCCUCAGCAACCACCGGUACAGCCACCGGGUCCACCAAAGCGGGAACGCAAACCGAUCAGAAUACGAGACCCCAACCAGGGUGGGCGUGAUAUCACAGAGGAGAUCAUGUCAGGUGGCAGGUCCUUGUCCACACCGACGCCUCCUCAGGCAUUCAUAGCGGAUGGAAGUUCUGCUCAGAUUAAUGGUGAGAUUAUACAACCUGUGGCAACAGUGACAAGAACAGAAGAAAUCAUGGAACCUCCUCCUAACACUGAAACCCCACCACCUGAGACAACAAAUCCUGAGCCUGAGAUUGAGGUCAGACAGGAAGCGGACAGCCGGAUGGUACCGACAGCCGAGUUAAGUACUGUGCCUGUACCGUCAGCACUGGUUACUGAGGUACCACCACCACUGAUAAAAGACCAGCAAUCCAAUGCUUCCCUCCAUUCACCAGCCAUGUCUAGUUCUGUUGCUACUGACGUAAGUAAGGAUGGAGACGCUAUGGACGCACGUGUUGGCUCUUCGCCAUCAUUAGCAGCGCAAGAGGUCCUUGUCAAAAAGGUGGAACCGCAGAUUGCUGCAGCUGAGAAGGCAAUUAAUAAUGAGGAACUGGAGGAUGUAACAGAACAGGAAAAGGAAGAACCGGUAGCCAUCAAUGAGUCGGUGCCUGAGGCUGAGGUCACAGCAACAAGUCUGCCCGAUGGCACGUCAGAAGAGAUGACGAGUCAGUCUGUAACAGCAGCACCAGACGUGUCCUCUGAAUCUGUUGUCCAGGCUCCACCCUGUGUGCAGGAACAUACCAGUUCUGUGGCCCAGGUUCCACCUUGCUUGGUGCCUGAACCUCGGCCUGCUGAGGCUGAAACGGUAGAGCCUCUUCUCUUAAAUGGUCUUCCUCAAGACAGUGAGGAACUGUCUGAAGAUACGGUACUUUCAGAUGCUACAGUCCUCGAAAAGGAUGAUGCCUCUCAAUCUCAGGAAUCCACACCUGGGGCUGCAAUAGCAACACCAGCUCAGGAGAAGGAGGUGGAAGAAGAGGUGAAGGAGAAAGGUGAUGAUUCUCCUCCUGUGACUGUUAUCUGCCCCACAGAGGAAACUACUAUGCAAGCUGCUAUAUCUGUGCCAAAGAAGAGUAACUUGAAGGAGCCCAACAAAAAGGAGACAAGUGGGGACAUCCUGGAUGCCUUCAAAGAGGACCAGGCUGGCAAGGCUGCUUCUGAACCUUCUACUCAGGCUGAUGUUGUUCCUGUUGCUCAGACCGUCACGUCUGCAGAUACUACAGAUGCUGCAGAUGAGAUCAAGGAGGAGAAAGAGGACAAAGGGAGUGCAGAAUCUGAAGCCACACAUGACCCCACUGAGCAGAAAGAAGAGGACAAAGAAGAGCUUUUGAAGCAGAUAAAUACAGAUGAGAAGAAACGCUACAACAGGGAUUUUCUGCUGGGCUUCCAGUUUAUUGAUGUCAGUUUGCAUAAACCAGAGGGGCUGCCUGCCAUCAGUGAUGUGGUUCUGGAUAAGGCAAACAAGACUCCACUCCGGCCUCCCGAUGCAGCGCGGCUGAUGAGUGCCGGCCCUGAUUUUACACCAUCGUUUCUGGGGAACCUCGGGAGCAGGUCAAUGGGAGCACCACGAGGCAUGCCACUUGGACCACGUCGCUCCCAGCAGGGUCAGCGGAAAGAACAAAGGAAAGUUAUUAACAGCAUGUCCCUCAACGAUGAUGUACAGCUCAGUAAGGCCGUCAAUGCUUGGAAACCCUCGGUGAAGAAGUCUGGUUGUAGAGGGGGGGAAGGAGCAGAAGAAGAGGAUCCAGAACAGGCAAAAACUCAAGAACUGUUCAAGCAGCUGCGCAGCAUUCUCAACAAGCUGACUCCUCAGAAGUUUCAGGAACUUGUGAAGCAGGUGACAGACCUGAAAAUAGAUACAGAGGAGAGGCUAAAAGGGACCAUUGACCUCAUCUUUGAGAAAGCCAUCUCCGAGCCCAAAUUCUCUGUGGCUUAUGCCGGUAUGUGCCGCUGCCUUAUAACGUUGAAAGUCCCCACCUCAGACAAACCAGCAGUUUCCGUGACCUUCCGCAAGCUCCUCCUCAACCGCUGCCAAAAGGAGUUUGAGAAAGACCAGGAUGAUGAUAAGAUCUUUGAGGAAAAGCAGAAGGAGUUGGAGGCUGCUAAAAAUGAAGAGGAGCAUGAGCGUUUGAAGGCGGAGUUGGAGGAGGCACGGGACAAAGCCCGUGCUCGUUCACUGGGUAACGUAAAGUUUAUUGGUGAGCUGUUCAAGCUGAAGAUGCUGACGGAGCCUAUCAUGCACGACUGUAUAAUGAAACUACUGAAGAAUCAUGAUGAAGAGUCUCUGGAGUGUCUCUGCCGACUGCUGUCUACCAUUGGCAAGGACUUGGACUUUCCAAAGGCCAAGCCACGUAUGGAUCAGUAUUUUCAACAAAUGGAUAAAAUAAUCAAAGAUCGAAAGACCUCAUCAAGAAUUCGUUUCAUGUUACAAGAUGCAUUGGAUCUCAGAAAGAGUAACUGGGUGCCUCGCAGAAUGGACCAGGGACCUAAAACAAUCGACCAGAUCCAUAAGGAUGCAGAGUUGGAGGAGCACAGGGAACAGAUCAAGGUGCAACAGCAGCUUUUCUCAAAGAAAGACUUGGGUGGAGGCAGGAUGUCUGGUGGCAUGGGGGGCCGUGGCCCACCCACAUCAGGAGGUGGCCGGGCCAGCCAGCCUCAGGAUGAGGGAUGGAACACGGUACCCAUUUCCAAAAAUAGACCUAUUGAUACAACUCGCCUCAGCAAAAUCACAAAGUCUGGCGUUCUGGAUUUCAACAAUCAGCUGUUGGCCCCAGGAGGCAAAGGCAUGUGGGGAAGCUGGGGUAAAGGCAGCAGUGGUGGAUCAGGUGCAAAAGCAAGUAGUGGUGAUCACGAUUCCGGUCGUCCAGCUACCAGCACGCUCAACCGUUUCUCAGCCCUGCAGCAGUCCGGGUCAUUGUCGUCUUCAACAGACUCUGAUCGCAGAGUUCCCCAGAGGUCGAGCUCCAGCCGUGAGCGUGGUGGAGAAAGAGACAGAAAUGAUUGCGACAAGGAACGUUUUGAUCGCUUAGACCGCAGUGAAGGAAGGGAAGGUCGCGACGACAGGAGCAGCCGGCACCCAAACAGCAAGCGAAGUUUCAGCCGAGAGUCACAGGAGCGCACUACAUACAGGGGAGACAGUCGGCCAUCUGUUGAGCCUGUGCGGCGAGUAGCCAGCAUGACCUAUGAUAGGGACAGAGGAAGCCGGGACAGAGGCAGCAAGGACCGGCGCAGCAGAGACAGAGGCAGCAAGGACCGGCGCAGCAGAGACAGAGGCAGCAAGGACCGGCGCAGCAGAGACAGAGGCAGCCGUGACAGACUUCCUAACAAAGAUCUCACAGCUAAACGAGAGACUGCUCCCACUCCUCCACCAUCUCUUUCCAAACCUGCUUUGAGUGAGGAAGAGGUGGAUAAGAAGUCGACCGCCAUCAUUGAAGAGUACCUGCACAUCAAUGAUAUGAAGGAAGCGUUACUGUGCGUGACCGAGCUCAACAGCACCUCGUUGCUCUACGUGUUCGUGCGAAAUGGUGUGGAGUCUACGCUCGAACGGAGCACUAUCGCACGGGAGCGCAUAGGUCUGCUGUUCCAUCAACUUGUAAAAGCAGGAACAUUGCCCGCACAGCAGUACUGCAAAGGGCUACAAGAGAUCCUAGAGGCAGCAGAAGACAUGGCAAUAGAUAUACCUCACAUCUGGCUCUAUCUGGCUGAAAUCAUCACCCCCGUCCUCCAUGAGGACGGCAUCCCUAUGGGCCAGCUGUUCAGGGAGAUCUCGAAACCUCUCGUGCCUCUGGAAAAAGCUGGAGUUCUGCUGGCACAGAUCCUCACACUGCUCUGCAAAGGAAUGACGCCUAAGAAGGUUGGUGCUGUGUGGACAGAAGCUGGGUUAAACUGGAGAGAUUAUUUACCUGAAGAUGUUGACGUCAACAAGUUUGUUACUGAGCAGAAAGUAGAGUACACAUUAGGGGAGGAGAUGGAGUCUGGGAAGAAGGAUAAGAUUUUGAGUGGUGAGGAGAUGAGCAAACAACUGGACAGACUCCUUCAGGACAAGGCCAACAACAAGCGUAUCACAGACUGGGUUGAGGCUAACUUGGAUGAACAGCAGGUUGCCUCCAACCAGUUUGUGCGCGCACUGAUGACUUCUGUGUGCCAGUCGGCCAUCAUAUGUGACAACACGUACCGGGUGGAUGCGAAUCAGAUUGCCCAGAGAGCCGGGCUUCUGCAGUUGUACCUGUGUGAUGAGCAGAGAGAGCUGCAAGCCCUUUACGCCCUCCAGGCUCUGAUGGUGCAUCUGGAACAGCCAGCGAACUUGCUGCGGAUGUUCUUUGAUGCCUUGUAUGAUGAGGAUGUUAUUAAAGAGGAAGCCUUCUACAAAUGGGAGUCCAGCAAAGACCCUGCAGAGCAAACGGGCAAAGGUGUGGCCUUGAAAUCGGUUACCGCGUUCUUCACAUGGCUCCGCGAGGCUGAGGAGGAGUCGGAUAAGGACUGAAGGACCUGAACGCUGCUGCCCCCCUGUGGCAGGGCUUAGGCUUUGCAGGCACCAGAGUGACAGACUCAAAUCAAUCCCCAGUGAGGAUGAACUUUAUUCUUAUUUUGUUCUUUUUUUUCCAGAGGGAAGGACUCAGAAAACAAUCAUUUCUCGGCUCGUCACAUCAAGUGUCCUCUCAGCUAGACUUGAAUUAUGGUUCAGCAGGAUCACUUGUUUUCCAGGUGUGAAUGUUCCAUAUCACUACGGAAACCUUUUUAAACAAACAAUAAAUAUCCAAAGGAACACGCUGCUUUUUUUCUUUUUAAGGUUCUAGAUAAUUCUGUUGCCUAACAUGUGACUCUAAGUGGGGUGUGUGUGGUGACGUGGGAAUCAUGACGCGUGUUAAACGGAUCUUAUUUGUCUCUUCCAGAGUGCACACCAUGACUGAAGUGUUUUAAUGAACAUUAACACACGAAUGGACAUCACUAACUCAUCUUAAUCUGAUGGAUGCAGUUUUUAAGAAAAAAGUUGUCUAUUUUCUUUCUAAAAUGUUGCGAAACACGGAUUCGACCUUUGGUGACUCGUUUGUCUUAAUGCUUCCUGUAAGCCAUCGUGUCCCACCCUCAGCACAGAACGAACUCCUCACCUGUACCUCAUCUUCUACUUAACUUGACCUGUUGAGGGCGCUCUCCCUUCGCUCUGAUCAGGGAGCUCCCCCCCACCCCACAGAACGCUUUAACGACCCAAUCACCAUUAAAACUUGAAAUAUACAGAAAUUGACUUGAUUGAAAUAUAUAGACGCAGAAAUGAUCCGAAAGCCUUCUCUACUUUAAGUGGAAACUUGUCAGGAACGUUCUGUAAAUAAUUUUUUUUCCAUAAAUGAUGAAUUACCGAUAUGAUAUAUUGUAGUGCUUUGUUCUGUUUUUGUUUUGGGGUUUUUUUGUUUUUGUUUUUUUUCUUCCCCCAACAGGAGCUGCAGUUCUCCAGAUGCAGAGAGGUGCUUUAGAUAAUCCAUUGAUUUAGUUUUAUUGGAAUUUUGUAAAUACAUCUUUUUUUUUUUUUUCCUUAUUUAAGAAAUUAUUGCUUCUUUUGCAUCGUAACUGGAAAGAUGAGGUUAUGGAGCAUUGCAAAUAAAGGACUUAAGCUG